UGAAURAGUAAUUUAAAAAACAAGUCAUUCAUUCAAUACAUGUAUUAAUUAUAACAUAGACUUCAAUAAUAGCAGUCAUUCAAUAAAAUUCAUUUAAAAAAAUUCAAACAAACGUUUUGUUUUUGUCAUAAAUAUUGAUUACAAAUCAAAAAAGUAUUAUUUAGUUUGUGUUUAGAUUUGAAACAAAAGGUGAAAAUAUUUGUUUAAUACUAAUAUUGUUAUUAUUAACAAAAAACAGUGUUUUAUACUCAAGUUUUUGUUGUUGUUGUGAACCAACUGUUCCCGCGAUGUUUAAGUCGCUCACCGAUAGUAUAUCGUCGACAAAGCCGUCGUCGACCGGCCUUAAGGCCAAAGGACACCCCAUUAUCAACGACUACCGUAUCAGCGAUAAGGUGUUGGGUUUGGGCAUCAAUGGUAAGGUUGUCGAGUGCUUCAGCAAAGCUAAUGGACAAAAGUAUGCACUGAAGGUUUUACGAGAUUCAGCCAAAGCUCGGCGUGAAGUUGAACUCCAUUGGAGAGCCAGUGGUUGCAAACAUAUCGUCAAUAUCAGUGAUGUCUAUGAAAAUGCUUAUGGAGGACAUAAAUGUAUACUUGUUGUCAUGGAAUGUAUGGAAGGCGGAGAACUUUUUCAACGAAUCCAAGAGAGAGCCGAAAAUGCAUUUACAGAGAGAGAAGCGGCAGAAAUAAUGCACGAUAUAUGCCGUGCCAUACAAUAUCUUCACUCCAAAGAUAUCGCUCACAGAGAUAUUAAACCAGAAAACCUAUUGUAUACCCGAAGCGAUAAUACAGGUGUACUAAAACUAACAGACUUUGGUUUUGCCAAAGAGACCUCAAAUCAAUUGUCAUUACAAACGCCUUGUUAUACACCAUAUUAUGUGGCGCCCGAAGUUUUAGGGCCUGAAAAAUAUGAUAAAAGCUGUGACUUGUGGUCGUUGGGUGUAAUUAUGUAUAUCCUAUUGUGUGGAUAUCCGCCUUUCUAUAGUAAUCACGGUUUAGCUAUAUCUCCGGGUAUGAAGAAACGUAUCAGAGCCGGUCAGUAUGACUUUCCUGAUCCAGAGUGGAGGCAUGUUUCCAGAGAUGCUAAAGAUCUGAUUAAAGGCUUAUUAAAGACAGAUCCGGUACAGAGAUUAACCAUUGAACAAGUGAUGAAACAUAAUUGGAUUGCUCGUUACGCUGAAGUCCCACAAACGCCGCUCCAUUCAGUUCGUGUUCUUCGCGAAGAUCAGGAACAAUGGCCUGAAGUACAGGAAGAGAUGACUCAAGCCUUACGUACGAUGAGAGUCGACUUCGAGGACCAAAUGACUCUUAAAAAUUUAGAGACCAGUAAUAAUAGAUUAUUAGAAAAGAGAAAAAUCAAAAGCAAACGUUAAAAACAACAACAUAUUCAUAGAACUGACUGACUGUCUGACUGCCCAUCACUUGUUUAACCGUCACCUCUUUGAUGUCUAUUUUUUAUUACUUAAUUAUAUGCUAUUAAAUCUAAUAUAACAAAGAAGUGAUGUUUUAUCUUAUGUAAUGUUAUGUUAGUUCAGCUUUUGUAUUAUACGAUUAAAGCUAAUAGUAAUAAUAGUCCAAAAAUCAGUGCCGUUUUUUUUGUUUGUUUAUAGCAAUGAAAUUAUGUUUUUUA